AUGCGGAAGUAUGUCCUGCAACCUGACCAAAAGCUUCCUACCAGUUUGCACAGUUGGGGAAGCCAAGCUGAUCCGUGUCCAUGCACCUGUCGUCAAGAGCCUUUCAGUGAAGCCCUGGUUCGAAGUAAAGGCAUUUAUGCUGUGGUGGUCCAGAUCUUGUCUGAGUCAGGUGAACCACAGUACAGACAUUUGCAUCCGACUGAGCUUGCCCUUUUGAACGGUCUGCCACCUCCCGAUGUUUGGAACUCAGCGGACAGACCUGACUUGCGGCUUUGUCUGUGUGGUGUUGGACAACUUGCGUCUCCACUUCAAUCUUUGUGGGUAGGGGCAUGCAUUCGUGCGCAGUUGCUGGAAAGAUGUGGUCUUCCUGCGGACUCUGUUUCUCCUGUCUGUCGUCUCCAGCAGUUCAAGCAGAAGCUGUAUGACGUUGCCAAGACUCUCUUUCGCAGUGUCCCGCCUGUUGCCCCGACAAUUGUGGAUCCUGAGGUGCAUGAAGUCACGCUGGUGUAUGCCGACUGUACUCAGGUCACAGUGCAGGUUUCUGCCGAUGCCACUGUUUCUCAGCUGCGUCAAGCGGAUGAUGCUCUUCAAGGACCGGAGGAUGGAAAGUGGAUUGAUGCUCAGUCUUCGUCUGUCUUGCAAGGUCAUGAGACGGUUAGUGGUCGCACCAUACAGGUCUGUUCAUCCCCGUCCAGUGAGCCGAUGUCUGAACCUGAUGCUACUGGAAUUGAUCCCAUUCAGCUUGAGCAGGAUUUGCCGAUUGUCCCUCACCGACCUGUCUUGGAUGUGUCUCUCUCCAGCCCUAGCCGUGGACUUGAUGUCGUGUCUGAUUUUCAUGGCUUGAAGCGUCACUGCACGGUUGAUGUCCGGCUUCCGGUUGAUGCCCUUUCUGGUCUUCUUGCUUUGACCGGUCCUCAGUUGGCUGCACUGGUUCCUCCGAUUGUGGUGACCAGAGAACAGUGUGUUGCCAUGCGUCAGGCCUCAACUUCGAGCUCCUCUCGCUUGCAGAUUCUCCACAACCAGGGAGUUGCCAUGGGUGAUGAUGAACUGACACUUCAUGUGAUGUCUUGUGUGCAGUUGUCAGGUCGUUCUGAUCUGCGGUUUUUAGAUCCCCUGCUUGCUUCUGGGUGGCUCCGUCAUGGUACCGUUGAUCAGGUACGUGCUUGGAUGGAUGAAUUGCCGCAGGUGACGUGCAUUGUCACUGUGGUGCUCCUUGACGACCAUUGGAUCCCUGUCAUGUGGACGUGUGGCCUCUCUGAGGUAAGGGUCACAAUGUGGGAGCAUGAUGAUGGAGUGGUUGAACCGUUGUGUCCGUUGCAUGGCUUGAUCAGUCAAGCGUGGCAGCGUCCUAUGUUUGCUCUUGCAUGCAACAGGCGUUCCUUUGGACGUGAUCACUGCGGUACUGCGGCUGUGUGCUUCCUUGGCCAAUUGUUGCUGAACAAGCCCUUGCCUGUCCAUGAUGAAGAUUUGGUGCGUAUUCAUGCUGAGUUGCGCACAAGCUUUGGUGCUGCCAUUGGACUUUUGACUGAAGUGCCAAAGCCUUGGUGCUGGGGGUUGGGUGUCCCUGAUGUGACCGGUCUUGUCGCCAACCUGUUGCAAUUGCAUGGUGUGCCACAUGCCCAGUGCAAUUCACGUGCCAAGAUGAUCCUCCAGAGCUUAGGCAAGACUGAAGUCCAAGCUGCUGUCACAGGAGUUGCACCAUGGAAGUCAUUGAAGCACUUGGCCAACCUGCACCAGCCAGUGAUCCAGCUGGUGUUGCCCGAUGAACAGGCUCAACAUGUUGCAGCCCGCCAGAGCCAAACCAGCAUGCCUAAGAAGAAUGCAGGUGGCACCAAACGCCUCCCCCCUGCCAGGCCAGCUGAGCUGGACCCAUCCAAGUUGGUUAUUGAUCAUGGGGCCUUUUGCAUUGAUGCUGACGAGCCAUUGUCACAGACCCCCUUCUCGACUUUGGGACCUCUGUCUGUUGGAAUUGCCUUGGCCACCUACGCGGACGCUGCUCCCUUUCUUGAUGAUGGACAGGUGUUGUCACGUGGUGGGCUUGCCCUGCUGAUCAUUAACCCUCCUGCUGACUUGUCCACAUCCUUGCAGUGGUCGUCUCUGAGGUUUGCUGCACGUUGCACUUACAAUAACGAACCCAUGUUGUUGUCUGGAGUCUUGGUUCAGCUUGGCCGCAAAACUGUGUACCAAUUCCGUGCCAAGAAUGUGCCGUCCAUCAUGUCCGUUGAUGUUGCAUGUGCCCGGGUUACUGUCCACUAUGAUCAGUGGGAGCAGAGCUGGGAAGACUUUGCCAGCAAGCCAGUGAAGCAUGUCCUUGCGUGCAUCCCAUGCCUUCAAACUUGCAGAACGGAAGGAUGCCAAUGUCCUGCCUGGCACCCCCAACAGUCGGAUCAGCAUGAUGCCCUGCUGGAUGUCUUUCGCAGACAGUUCUUCGGUGACAAUGGGCGUCCGACGAAGUGGGACAAAGCUUCUUACUUUGCGGUCCUCAUUCGAUAUGUGAAAAGCCUGGAAACAACAGUUUUGUCUCUGAGUGGCCGCAAUGGAGUUUUCAUCGAACCCAAAACUGAAGAUGCCAUGCAGCCUCACAAUGAUUUUCAGGUCAUUUGGCUUCCGAACCUGGACUUUGCAGCAAUCGCUCAUAAAGCCAAGUGUGAGGCCCACUGCAUCGGCAUUGCCAGGUCAGGCCGACGCUUUGGACUUCGCGUCAUGGCUCAGCACUUUGCCGAAGUUUUUGCCAGUGUCAAACCAGAAGCAGUUUACUUGGCUCCAGGGUCCCGACUGACCUACCACACGGGCCCUUGGCCGUAUGGUUGUGACAGAAAGAGCAUUGCCAAAGCUCUGCGUGCUGUUGGGUGGGAAUGCAGACCCUUGCAGCCUUUGCAAAGUGUUGUCGGCAUGAUCCGCGUCAAGCACCUGCUGAGGCCCCUGCACCUGUUGUCGGCCAAGAAGCCACUGUCCGCCUGUGCUCUGUACCUGCUGGCAGUACAGUCCCUGCAACAACAGAUGCUGGUCUCCAUGGACCUCCAAAGCAAGCAGAUGCAGACAAUGCUCACGGAGCAAAUGUCUCGCAUAGAGACGAUUUUGUGCAAGAAGAGUAAGUUUCAGUUGGUUAGCAGCAUAGAUGCCUCGGUCGUCGCCAUCAGUGAGACUCACUUGUCCAAAAGGUCUACCAAUGCUUUUUCUGGCAGCCUCCGGGCUAUGCGUUCCCGUUUUACAAAAGUUGUCACUGGCGCCCCACUCCCGCAGAGGGCCGCCAGUAGCGAUGCAGGUAGUUAUGCUGGAGUUGCGUUCGCUUCAUGCUUUCCUUGCCGCACCUUGGCAGUUCCAUGGCCAGUUGAUGCGUACGAGACCAGCCGUGUUCAGUGUGCUGCCUUUUUCAGCCCUGCAGGGUGGGUCACAGGUGCUGUUGUGUAUGGGUACCCACAAGGCAAGACCCAUGUUGACGCCAAGGGGAAAACUGAGUUGCUGUUGGAUUUUCUGUUUGACCAUUUGCACUCCUUGCCAGGUCCUCUGUUCUUCGCUGGCGAUUGGAAUUUUGAGCCACGUGAAUUGGAAGUAGUUGCCAAACUUCGUGCUGCUGGUUGGGUGGAAGUCCAAGACCUUGUGCUACAGCGUACUGGUGCCCCGAUCCAGAAGACAUGUAAAGGGGCCACUAGAAAGGAUCACCUCUGGUUGUCCCCUGAGUUGGUGCUUGCCUUUGUGGGACUGUCCUUGGAUUUUGAAACCUUUGCCGAUCACGCUGUCAUGGUUGCACGGUUCCGUGGGGAUACUUGUCAUGCUGAGCGCUUUGUGUGGCCGUGUCCUCAACCUGUGCCCUGGUCCCAAGUCCCUCCGUCUGGAUUUGCAGUGGAGUUUUCCUAUCCGACUGACCCGUCAACUCAGUAUGCAGUGUUGUGGCAACAGCGUGAGCAAAGUGCCCAGGAAGCUUUGCAGGACCAGUGGGUCCCGGCCAUGGGUGGUCGAGGUCAACAAACCAAACCCCGCCGUGUGGUUGGCAGGCAUGCCCCUAUCAAACGAGGGCGCUACCAAGAUGUCCAGCCCACCUUUUAUGGAUUUUCAUCGGUGCAUGCCCAGCGGUUCAAGCAGUUGCGGCGUCUGCAGAACUACUUGAGGUGGGUUGUGAAUCACGAGGCUGGGAAAACCUCGGACACUACUCAUGGCAUUGCGUUGUGGUCUGCUGUGUUGAAGUCACCUGGGUUUGUCCCUUCCUUUUCCCGUUGGUGGCCUGAACGUUGGUAUGUGUGCCCCAAUGAUCCUUGCAGCAUUCCCCAGUUUUGUCCUGCCUCCAGUGUUGCCCAUCAGAUCUUUGAUGCUGUCUUCGCUGAAGUGCGGUUGUUUGAGCGUCGGUUGGUUCACAUGCGCGCUGCUCACAGGUCUGCACAGCAUGCUGCUGAUCGGAACCUGAUUUUCAGGGAAGUUUCUCGCCCAUCUGCAGAGCCUGUUGAAACGUUGCUUCAUCAAGUCAGUGGGGUUGUUGAAGAAGUUGAUGCUCAGGAGUCGGCUGUCAUCCUUACUGAGUCAGUUGAUGUGCGUCCUGGAUUUGCCUUGUGGGUCGGGGGAUCUCCAAAGGAUGUCAUACAUGCUGAAGCUGAUAAGGUGUGGCUUACUGACAUCGAUGGCAUCCAGGCCACUGACAGAGUUGUCCAAUCUGAGCCCGUCGGUGACCUGGCGGCUAUUUUUGAUGCCUUUCAUACCCAAUGGAAGCAACGCUGGUGCCGUCAUGAUGCAACUUCCUUCCGUCAAUGGGAUCAGCUUGUGGGUUUUGCCUCUCGUGUUCUCCGGCCUUCACCCAUACCUCACCUCCGGGUUGACGUGGACUUGUUGCGUGCUGAAGUGUCCCGGAAGAAAAAGACUGCAGCGACUGGGCUUGACGGAGUCAGCAGGCAAGACUUGCUCCUUGCCGAUGACCAAACGCUGCAAAGUUUGGUCAAUGUGUUUUGCCGAGCGGAAUCCGAUGGCAUGUGGCCUUGCCAAUUGUUGGCAGGCAAAGUCCACUCUCUCGCCAAAUGCGCAGGUGCUUCGGGAGUUGGAGACUAUAGGCCCAUAACUGUCUUUGGUUUGCCCUAUCGUGCUUGGUCCAGCCUCCAGUCGAGACACCUCUUGCAAUGGGCUGAAACCUGGGUUGACGAAGGAGUUUAUGGUAACAGGAAGGGACGUCAAGCCUCUGACCUUUGGAACUUCUUGCUUCUCCAGAUUGAAAUGGCAUACAGCACUGGCCAACCCAUUUGCGGGCUAUCGGCUGACUUGGAGAAAUGCUUCAACUGUAUUCCCAGGUUUCCUGCGUUGUGCCUUGCCGUUCUUGCAGGAACCCCUUCCGAAGUUACAACUGCAUGGGCUGGUGGACUUGCCUCCAUGAAACGGCACUUUAAGGUCCGUGAGUCGUUCUCCAGUGGCUUUCUGACUUCAACUGGAUUGGCCGAAGGGUGUGGACUUAGCGUCUAUGGGAUGCUAUUGGUUGACCACCUUUUCCACGUCUGGACUUCCUACCAAGGGGUGCCCUGCCGGUCUCUGUCCUAUGUUGAUGAUUGGCAUGUGUUCACUUGGGACGUUGACUAUGCCGUGCGGCAAUUGGACUUGGUUGUGGAAUUUGCCUCCAUGUUGGAUUUGACUGUGGAUCGUCGCAAGACUGUUGCUUGGUCCACCGAUGCCCAGACACGGAAAGCCCUGAGAGACCGCAAUGUUCCUGUGGUUCACCAAGCCCGUGAGCUCGGAGGCCAUUUCGGGGUGUCCCGACAGUUCACCAACAAAACGGUGACGCAGAGGCUUGAGGCAUUGGAAGACUUCUGGCCGAAACUGCGCAGUUGCAGAGCCAGACAUUCUGCAAAAGUGCACAUGUUGCGGGCGGUUGCCUGGCCGCGAGGGCUCCAUGCCAUUGCCAGUGCGCCAAUUGGUGAUCAUGUUUGGACUGAACUUCGCCGUCGUGCCACUAAUGCCUUGACUUGCAACAAGCCUGGUGUGAACUCUCACUUGCUCCUUGGUCUGGUUGAGGUGCGUGCUGAUCCCCAGUUGGUUGCUUUGCUUUGGACGUGUCGGGCUGCCCGUCUCAGUUGUGACCUUGACUUCUGGACUGCCUCAGUCGCUAGUGUGGCCCAUGGGGACAUGGACUUACCCCCCAAUUCGGUGGCAUCAGUGUUGUUGGGUCGUCUCCAGCAUGUGGGACUCCAUGUUGAUCGACUUGGUUUAGUCCAUGAUGCGUUUGGCUGCUUCUCGGUUCAUCAGGGCAAUUUUGCUGAGGUUGAAAUGAGGCUCACCUGGGCGUGGUAUCAAGUGGUUGCUUCGAAGGUUCAACAUCGUUCUGAAUUUCAUGGACUUUGGCAGGUCGAUGUACCUGCUACCCGGCGUGCCCUUGCUGCUUUGGCUCCGGACGACCAGGCUCUGCUGCGGUUUGGAUUGACUGGUGGACUUUUCACUGAGGCCUACAAAGCCAAAUGGGCUGAUCAAUCAGAUGUUUGCAGAUGGUGUGGGGGGCGUGAUACUCUGCAACACCGCUAUUGGGAGUGCAUUCAGCAUGCAGAUCUUCGUGCCUCUCUUGCGGCCGAUGCGGCCAAUGUUUGGACUUCCCUGCCCCCUGCCCUGUCUUUGCGUGGGUGGGCUCUGUUGCCUCCCACUUGGCAAGCUUGA